AUUAAUUAUAUACUAGUAUUAUAUUUAAUUUGACAAGACUCGCUCCAUGAUAGGAUAGCAUAAGCAUUAAGCACGACGGUGAGUUUGCUCAUCCCUUCCCUAAUUAGCACUCAACAGAAGCAUGGUAGAUCCGGCGGCUAGUGAAUUGGUGCCACCACCAUCUUCACCCACCAACUCUUCCAUUUCUUCUUCUGAUCUUGAUACCGAGUCUACGGGAUCAUUCUUCCAUGACAGAAGCACCACUCUCGGCACACUCAUGGGAGUAACCUUCCCAGUCCCACCCAUUGCCUUCAGACCCCCUUCUCAUUCUCCGAGCCCGAUCAUCGUCGCGGACCGCCGGAGGAGGUGGUGGCGCUUCUGCAGUCACGGUCAACCGACCCGUUCUUCGUUGGGUCAGUUCCUCGAGGUGGAACGCCGAUACGGGACAGCGUUGUUUGCCGAUGGAAGAGUUCUUCCGCCGGCUGUCAUUGACGACGGAGCAUCUACGCCGGAAAGUCUUUGUAGUAGAUUCCCGGUUUCGCUCACCGGGAUCUGUAGCGGCGGUGCUGGAUUUGGAUAAUUGCUUAAGUAACCGGCUUAUGCAUUUUCAAUAUAUGUUUAGUUUAAGAAAGAAAAUGUCAAUAUAUGUUUGUAACAAAAAGUGUCAAUGUAUGUUAUAACUUUUUUAAAAAAUGCUAUUCCUAGUUUAAUUGAUGUC